AUGCGUCUCCAUGUUUUGCUUUGGGCAUGGCUCUUGGCUGAAGGGGCCUUGCAGACAACGCAGGUGACCCAGCUGACCGACAAGCCGCUGGCAGACUCACGCCUUUAUCAGUUCGCUGAGCUGCCCAAUGGCAUCAAGGUCCUGAACAUACAGGAAGAAAAGGCUACUCAAGCCGCGAUUGCUGUGGCAGUUCGAGCCGGCUCAAUGUUCGAGCCGAAGGAGCUGCCAGGUUUGGCCCACUUUUGCGAGCACAUGCUCUUCCUUGGAACGAAGAAAUAUCCUGAUCCCACUGGCUUCGACAAGUUUCUCGGCGAGUCUGGUGGUGGAUCCAAUGCAUACACAGAUCAGGAGGCCACAGUGUAUUAUGCAAAUUUUGCAAGCCGGGUGUUUGACGAGGCAGUCGAUCGAUUCUCAGACUUUUUCGCAGAGCCACUGUUUAGUCGGAAGUUUGUCGAGAAGGAAGUACAUGCAAUUAACAGCGAACAUGAGAAGAAUCUGCAGAGCCCCGCUCGGCGUGUGCUCCAGGUCUUGAACUACCUCGCAAAUCCUGAAAGCCGUGUCAACAACUUUGCCACUGGCAACUAUCAAACUUUGAUCGUAGAUCCGAAGGCACAAGGACUUGAUGUGGUGAAUGCGCUGCAAGACUACUUUCGGCGCACAUAUUGCCCGCAGCAUUUGCACGUCGUGACUAUCACACCGGAACCCGUGGAGGAACAGCUUGAGAAGGUUCAGCGCUUCUUCAGCACUGUGAAGGGCAGCGAGCCCUGUUUGAACCAGUCUUUUGAAGAGCCUCCUGCAUGGCCGCCAGAGAGGCUGUCAAAGUUUGUAAUGGUGGAGCCUUCAGAGGCUCGCCCGGCUGUAUGGCUCCAGUUCGUCCUGCCGAACUUGCAGAAGGAGUACACAAGCAAACCGCUCAGUUAUCUGAGCUAUGUCAUUAAGUAUGCCGGCGUGGCAUCUCUCCAGAACUAUCUUAAGAAGGAGGGCCUCAUCCAGGACCUCUCGUCGGCGGACUCUUCUACGAGCGCCGGCACGCGGUUUCUCGUGGCCAUGUAUCUGACCACCAAAGGUGCGAGUAACUUUGGCCACGUGAUGGACAUCUUUUUUCACUAUGUUGCAAAGAUGAAGCAUUCUGGUGUCAAUUUGGAGUUGUACCGCUCCCUCGCAGACUUGUCGCAGCUAGAGUUUAACUGGACUCAGCCGGAUGCCCCGGGAGAUGCAGCCAAAGACUAUGCCGAACGGAUGCUGCGGCUUCCCCCGCGCCUCCUCAUCUCGGGAGACACUCGCAUAGAUCGUACGGAUCCGGAGCGUGUCCAGCAUCUUAUCGACUUGUUGACGCCCCAGAACCUCAUUCUGACUUACAUCCCGUCCACAAAAGGCAAUGACAGCUUUCCAGAAGGCUCGCAGGUGUUCAAGGACCGGAACCUGAAGCUUCAAUAUGCUGUGAUGCCCUUGCUACAUCGCAUGCCCGAAGCCGUCAAGACGUGGUCAAACUGGCUUUCGAAGGGCCCACCCUCGGGGGGCCCUGAGCUUCCAGGCGCCAUCAAGCACAUUCCGAAGGCUCUUGACACGACCAAUAUGGUGGCAAAAGCUCCGAUGUCAGCCUCCUCACCGGAGGCAGUCGCCAGCAUGACUUUUGGUGCCCCGCCGACCCUGCUGGACGACCUCUCGACGUCCACAUUGGAAGUCCAAUCACAGAAGGUUUGGUAUCGGAGCGGCUGGAAGACGACAUCACCAAAGGUCUCCAUCGACCUGACACUGCGACGCUACAGGUCAGCGCAGGAACAGGAAGCAUCAGCAGCCGACCAGCUGCGGCUGCUUGUUUUCGAGAGGCUCUUCGUUCGGCAGGUCACUCCGCUCCUGGCAGACUUGGAAGCCACAGAUCAAAAAGCCACGAUGUCCUUGGACGAGGGUGGCCUGCAGCUGUCCUUCGAAGCAUUCGCGCCAGUCCUCCCCAGUCUCAUCGACAAGUUCGGAAGUCUUUUCAAUCGCUUCCACCUCAAUGCGACGCAGGCCCUGGGACCGGAGUUUAACUGGACCAAGCAGGAACUCUUGGACACGUACUCCACAUACCCGGACCUUCCAGCCAAGUAUGCGGUGCAAGCUGGGAAAGUUCUACUGGAGGGGAACGAUCUUUCACGUGAGGAGUCUGCUGCGGGCUUGGCUCAGGCAGAUCCAACCUCGGUCAUGAGGUCCCUGGGCUUGCUGAUCCUGUCCAAGCCGCUGGCCUUAGAUGCACUGGUCAUGGGCAAUAUCGAUGACGACACCGCCCGCGGAGCUGUAGGACAGAUCAUCCAUUCUAUUCAAGUGCCUGCUUGGGCUUCUCCUGCAGCGCCAUCCGAGCGGAGAAGCCUUCCUGGGGUCCGACCUAUCGCCCGUCCAGCGCAGCCGGUCGAAGUGCGCGCCCGGAAUCCUCGGCAGGGGGAUCCGAAUGAUGUGGCACUGGUUAAGAUUCUGGUAGGUGUUGCCACGGUGGAGAACCGGGCUGCCUUCGGGGCCAUCGGCCUGAUCCUCGGUAACCUGAUGUACUCCCAGCUCCGAACCGAAGAGCAGCUGGGAUAUGUGGUGCAAGGCGCAGUUGGCAGCAUGUCCAAUGUUCUCUAUGUCGCGGGACUUGUGCAAGGCACCUCCAGAUCUGCUGAUGAGAUGGAGGCCGCGAUCGAAGGCAUCUUCUGGAAGCGCCUUCCAGACUUCCUGGAAAAUUUAACCGCAGAUGCGAUCGACGACUACAGGAAGGCCUUGCUGCAGCAGUACCUGCAGCCUCCCAGCAGCAUCGAGGAGGAGCGCAAGCACUUCUUCGGACCUGUCAAGCACCACGGAGCUUGUUUUGAGCUGCUUGGUGAAGUUGUUCGCUUUGCCAACAGCUCCGACUUCAACAAGGACUUGCUAACACGCAGCUGGUCUCAGUUGAUGGCGCCGAACCGUGGGUGGCGGCACAAGGUCGUCGUGAAGUACUUCGGCAAAUCAGUGCCGGAGCGACCUAACUCAACGUCCUCGCGGCUGGCAAUGCAGAAACGGGGCGUUCCGGAACAGGCGCUGUCGCAGCUGACGGAAGAGCACAAGAAGACCAUGGUCUUGCAAACUGCAGAUUCCGCCGCCCGUGUCGCGCUCUCUCGGAGCGACAAAGAAGGUGACGCUUACUUCCCCACGGACUUGCAUUGCCGUCGAGAACGCGAUCCAAGAGCAAUCAGCUUCCUAGCACGAAGGAGACUGAUUCUGCCUAGCUGCUUCGCCCAUGUGCGGUGUGCACCGGUGUAUCAGACUUUCUCCCGUCCAGAGCAAGAUCCCGCGCGUGUUACGAACGAAUUGCGACAUGCAAGAUGGACUCCGGUGAUGCUGGUCGAUCCCACCGCCUCACAUCCCUCCUUUCAGAAUUCGGGCUUCCACCCGAAGCCAAGGUGCCCCAACUGCAAGGCAUGCGACCACGGACUUCGUAAAGUUGCACAGUCGAUAUCGGGAGACGUUGUCUCUGUUGCAGUCCGGGACACUGCCAUCAUCGAGUGGCAGGGGGAGUCUGACUUCAUGGAACUAGCAAGUGUGAAGGCCUGCGGGCCUGUCGAUUUCAAGCCGGUGGCUAAAGAGGCAUUGGUCUGCGAAAUCCUGCAAAUCACCGAAGCUGGUGAGGCAACCUUUGUAGAGGCAUCCCUGAUCGUGACCAUUGCCUUUUUCACCGCGGCGGCUCUGGCCAACGGGCUUGAAAUGAGGCCCCCCGGGACUUCUGCCGUCGUCGCAGAGCCUCCCAAGCCAAGGAUGGAGUUUUGCGACGGCACGAUUGCAUGUGCACAGGCCAUUGGAAGUGGGGCUCUGCACAAGGAUGAAGCACUCAUUUGGUUUCGCCAAGUACUCGAUGCACUUGCAUAUAUGCAUUCACGAGGCUUGAUACAUCGCGAUGUGAAGCCGCCGAAUAUCUUCCUCUCGAAGGCCGAAGGUGGCCACGCCAAGCUCGGCGACUUCGGCCUUUCCACAGAACUGGCUAGCCUCGAGCCUGCCAGAGAAGAUCCCACAAUCUCAGGUGCAACAGCUCGGCAACAGUCGACAGGCGUUGGCACUGUGCUGUACAUGGCCCCAGAAGUGCGAGGGGGUCGCAACCUUUUCAGUGGUUCAAGCCUGCAGCUCUACGACAACAGAGUCGACAUGUUCUCCAUGGGCGUUGUAUUCUUCGAAAUGUGGCGGCCUCCCUUUGCUACAGCCAUGGAACGAGUAGACGUGCUUAGCAAGCUGGUGCUGCCCACUCUCUCCUCAGAGGCCAUCAAGGACCUGGCGAACAUGCCCAAAGAGUUCCUACAGAAGGUGCAGGAGCGACUGCCCGAGGCACCACCGGAGGCGGCAAAAAUCUUGGCGUCGUUGUUGCAGGAAGACCCGGAGGCCAGAUAG